GAUGAGGAGGGAGCUUCCAUCUUCUCUCUGCUUCUUCAUCCUCUUUUAAGAGCAAUUUAGACGUAGACUUAGAUCAGAUUCAGAACCUAAUUCAUGAUUAGCUGACUGGAGUGAGAAAAGGAAGAGUCUGCAAUAGUUUUGAUGCUGUUAGGUGGAUAUGAAGUGAAAAGUGUAAUUAUCAUUUUUCCUCCUUUUUUUCUUUUUGGUUUUGUUGCAUUUUUUUUUGCACUCUCACAGGAGGCGUUUUGCUGAUGUCUUUCUCACGCGGAUGCAUUUGAGAUGAGAAGCGAAAGGCAAUUAUUCCGCUUUUAUUUCUAAACGAACACAUCAUGCCUACACGCGUGUGUGUUUUCCCGGAGAAUGGACGCGCAUGACGGGAUUACUGUAUUCUCACACUUUUCCCGACACCCAGCUCAACUAAAUAGAGUCGCCUAUAUACCGAUCGGGCUAAUUGGAUUUUAUAACAUCCACCUACUCAUCACCAAAUAACAGCAAAACUCGUGUAGGGACCGCGCCGCCAGGGCUAACUUGCACCUUUCUGUAAUGGUAAAAAGGCAGCCGCGGUUUUGGUCAGUGAAAUUUAGAAAGACUACAUCUUUAGACUAUCCCGUCCUACACCAAAUUGUCAGACAGAAACUGAGCAACUUCAGCGUUUUUUCUGUAGGAUGUCGCGCCGCAAGCAAGCUAAACCAAGAUCACUGAAAGUAGAAGACAAUGUGACAGAGGACCAGCACAGUCCCGGGCAGACUGCCAUUCCAAGCGAUCCAGAGUGCGCCCUCGAGAGGGCGGCGGAGGAUGGUGAGACCGGGCGUCUGAGGAAGAGGCUGCUCUCUCCAGAGGAAGGAGAGGAGGGAGAGGAGGAGGACGAGGAGCCUGCACUGCACAGCUGCGACAGCUGCCGGCAGGUGUUCGAGUCGCUGAGCGAUCUCACCGAACACAAGAUUAAUCAAUGCCAGCUGACAGACGGUGCUGAUCUCGAGGAUGACCCAUCCUGUUCUUGGCCAGCAUCAUCUCCCUCCAGUAAGGAUCAGACUUCUCCAGGACACUGCGAGGACUAUGAUUUUGGCGAGGACGAAGGGGGGUCCUGGCCUGCCAUACCCGUGCCAGUUCUGUGA